GCCACAUUUCAGAAACUAAACUCCAGUUAGUUACUCACAACUCUGAUCUCAUCAAUCACCUUCUACUCAAACCAAUUUUUUUUUAUUAUUCUUUUUUGAAUCCCUUUUCGAUUAUCCAUAUAAUAACACCAUACUCUUAAUUUUCCUCCAACAACAUACAUAUAUAUAGCUACUCCUACUAUAGCAGCUAUCUAUAAUUAAUUAGAGGUUCGGUUUUAAAGAAGAAACAAGAUGAUGAUGAUGAUGAUGAGUGUUAAUAACUCGGUGUCAUGUGGAUGCAAGCCCCUACUCAUGACCAUGGAGUCCCUCUUCCACCACCGCAUCACCACCAAGGAGAAGGUUGUGGUGGUGAUCGGCGCCACCGGCACCGGCAAGUCCAAGCUAGCCAUUGACAUAGCCACUCACUUCAAACCGGCGGAGAUUGUCAACUCCGACAAAAUUCAAGUCUUCAAAGGCCUCAACAUCACCACUAACAAGGUCACAGAGGAAGAGUCUCGUGGGGUCCCACACCACCUUCUUGGUUUCGUUGACGAUGACGACUUCACAGCCACACAAUUCUCUCACGAAGCAACCAGAGCCGUUGAUUCAAUCGUGCAGCGAAACGCUCUUCCCAUCAUUGCCGGUGGUUCUAACUCCUUCAUUGACCACUUGGUCAACCACCAUGACCACUUUCGUUUAAGCUACGACUGCUGCUUCCUCUGGGUCGACGUUUCCCUCCCCGUCCUCCAUUCCUCUUUGGAACGCCGCGUUGACAAAAUGAUUCAGGCCGGUCAAGUCAACGAAGUUCGCGAUUUCUUUGACCCUUCCGGAGACUACUCCAGAGGGAUUCGGAGGGCCAUUGGAGUCCCUGAGUUUCACCAAUUUCUUAAAGCCGAGUCCAUGGAAGCAGACCAGGAAACCAAGAACAGGCUUCUAGAAGACGCCAUUGCCACCAUCAAGCUCAACAACUGCAAGCUCGCCAACCGCCAGCUACACAAGAUUCAGCGCCUCCACGCCGUGUGGAAGAGAAACAUGCACCGCCUCGACGCCACUCAGGCUUUUCUUAACACACAAGAAGCCGCUUGGGAGGAUCACGUGGUGGCUAAAGCUAGAAGGAUCGUGCAGAGGUUCUUGUACGACGAAACUCAUCAACAUGUUGUUCCGCCGCUUGUGUCCUCUCCGGCUUCGCCGCCAGCAGCCGCCAUGGCCGCCGCGGUAACACAUUAGAACUAGCUAGGGACAGAAAAAAUGUCACCACUACUGACAUGCCAUUUUUUUUUCUUUUCUUUUUCCGGUGUCCCUUUUUUUAGGUCAUGUCAUUGGUAGUAAAAGCCAUAUACUUACUAUAUAUUUUAAGGGAAAAAAUACAAUAUUUUGUUAAAUUAACUACUUCACAGCAGCUUAUAUUAUAAUAUAUU